AGAAGAAUAAGAUCUGGAAUCGCAUCGAGCGGGAGAUGAACGGCGCCGGCUAUAAGUGGAACGCCGUGUCCCUCAGGGCGCUGUUCCAUAGGCUCCGGUACACGUAUCUCAAUAUUUUGAGGCGCUCCGGUAGUUUGUAUUACAGUUCGUGUACCCAACCACCCAUUCCCCUACACUCCCUAACGCACGUAUACCAGUGUCCACUCAAUUGUACUGUGCCCAACGAGGACGAGGCGAGGGCUCAGUGGCCUUACUUCCGGUACUUGCAUGGCAUGGAUCUGACGGCCUUCAGCCACAAGAAACACAUACAGGACGACAGCGCCGGCACCCCAUCAGCCGCUCCCAUAGCGACCAAUACGGGCCCCAAACGACGUCCGGGUCGACCCCGAAAACAGCCGGUGCUCACCGCCAUUGCCAACGACACCGAUAGCCAGUAUUCGAGCGCCGGUACCGCUAAUGUGGACGACGUGGACGGACAGGGAUUACGGGGUCGGAGUAAUGGCAGUGUCCGCGAGUAUAGCGACGGCGCUGAGGGCACCGGUAGUGAUGAUGAGGACGAGUCCGAUGAGGGUAUGGUUGGCGACGAGGACGAGGAGGAACUGGAGGUUCGCGAGAAUACCGGCGCCGCCGCCGAUAAAAAGCAUAUCAAAUGCGAGUGAAGUGUAUAUGAAAUGAGUUUUUUGAGAGAAAUUUAUAUUUUUAUGAUUAAUAGUGAAGUGUUUUUUGGGCCAAAAGUUUUUGGUUUGAAAUCUAUUUUUUGAUUAUUACUGAUAAAUGAAUGAAAAGUUUUUUGUUUCCAGUGUUUAGUGUUUUUUCUAUGACUAUUGAAAAUAUAUUUUUCGUGUUUUCAUUCAUUAAUUUAAUUACUAUUAUAUGA